UCGAUCGAUCCCUGCUUGCCAAUUUGCAUUGUGUACUAGCUUCUUGUUCUGGGCUCGCUUCCUUGAUGAAUCUGUAGCCUAGCUGUUAGUGACAGAUUGUUUCUUCUCUGAAUUAGGACUGAUCGAUCCACAGUAUUUGUAACACUAGGCAUCAUGUGUGACUUCUUCUGGCUGUCGCCAGCCGAUCAAGGCGACCUCUCCGACGUCGUCCGGGCAAGCCUGCAGCAGCAGCCGCCUCACCUUCGGCUGCCGGCCACUCCUGCACCAACAGUGUGCAGCCAUGGCUCGUUGGGCUCCCAUCUGCUGGAGGUAGAGGAGUUGCUGCCGCUGCAAGGCCGAGUGAACCUCGGCGACGACGAUCAUGAAGCGCACUUGCAGCCACAGCGGCAGCUGGUGCACGGCAAUGGCGGCAUGGGACUCAUGGUUGGCAGCAACGCCUUGUAUUCACAGCACCAUCCACAGGCACAGGGGCUAGCCAUUCCCAAGCUCAUGUCCGGGCAGCCGCAGCCGCCGCUGUGCGCUUCCAGCUCCAGAUUCGCCGAGAGGGAAGACGACGCUGCCAACGCUCCAGCCGUGCCGGAAGAGCUCGGCCUGGACACGACGAUGGCCCCUCACCCUCAUGCCCCGUCCAUCAAGCGAAGGAAGAACCAAACGAAGAAGGUGGUGUGCAUCCCGGCGCCGGUGGCGCCGCCGCCGGGGGUGGGCGGGCGGCCGAGCACGAGCGGCGAGGUGGUGCCGUCGGACCUGUGGGCGUGGAGGAAGUACGGGCAGAAGCCCAUCAAGGGGUCGCCGUACCCGAGGGGCUACUACCGGUGCAGCAGCUCCAAGGGCUGCUCCGCCCGGAAGCAGGUGGAGCGCAGCCGCACCGACCCCUCCAUGCUCGUCAUCACCUACACCUCCGACCACAACCACCCCUGGCCGACGCAGCGCAACGCGCUCGCCGGCUCCAUCAGGCCGGCCGCGUCGGCGUCGUCCUCCUCCUCGGCCAAGAGCCACCACCACCAUCAGCAUCGCUCAUCAGCGGCUGCUGAUGCCGUUCCUGAUCCGACACCGCCCCACCGUCACGCCAGCAACGUCGCCGUCGCCGACAAUGCUACUACGCCAGCAGGCUCCAUCACCGCCAGUGUCCAUCAUCACCAGCUGCUCAAGCAGGAGGUGCUCGACAUGGAUAACCUCGAGCCAGCCCUGCUGGACGCUGCAGCUGCUGCUGCUGAUCAUGACCUGGGCGGCAUGAUUGCGGAUAUGGACGGCGCCCUCAACGUCCUGUGCGCCUCCAACUUCCACUACUCAAAAAAGCAGCAACAGCAUGCCCCUGCUGGUCAACCGGAGGAGCUGCCGGAGGAAGAAGACAAGCAGCUGCUGCUGGAUCGGGAUCCGUUCAGCUUCAGCUUAUUGGACUGGGUGGGCGCUUCGUUUGGGGUUGGAGAGGCAGCAGCAAAUAAAGACGGGUACAGUUAGAUGGCUUGCUGCCAAACCCAGCAUCAGUCAAAACUCAUCUUACAGAACUGAUCAAGCAAAUUCCUAGUAAUUUGCAUAUUACAGCUAGCCAGGCCGCCCAAUUUCAACUGCAAGUUAAGCGCGCGCCUACUGGUCCUA